CCUGCAAGUGAUAAAAUAAAUUUUUAAGAUUUAAGAAAAGAGAUUAUAAAGAGCUUGCAAAAUAAAAGAUUGCACUCUUUUCCUUUAUUUUGAUUCAUUGUGCUUUAUAAUUCAUCGAAUAAGUACAACAGUGAAAACAUGAGCGCGUUCAAGAGAUAUCAGAGUAAAGUGUUUUGGGAGCAAAUGGCAUCGCGCGAUCUGGAAAACGAUCGUUUUAUAGAAAAAAACGAACCUUUACAUCACAUUUUUAAUGAAAGCCUCCGUGAAAAGGAGAACGAAGAAGAGGAUUCCAACAGUAAAUCGGAAAACGAUACAAUCGAUGGUGAGAAUAUUACCGCGAUACGUGUCAGCAAUAAGAGUGACGAGAGUUCAAAACAGGACGUUCAAAUUUCGUUGACACAUGAAGAAAGUAUUGUACAUCACAGAAUAUCAGAAAUGGACGGACAGGAGCGCAAAACUGUCACUGGAAAUAGAUCCUGUAGUCCUUUGAGCCAAGAUCUCAGAAGCCAAGACUCUGGAUUCUCCGAUUCCGAAAGAUCAGACUGCUCGGAAACAUAUGAAAACAUAACUCCACGGCGGAAAUUGAGAAAAAGAAGAACGAGGCGACAGAGAAAGAUGCAAUCGAGGGAGAUUGCCUCGUCGUGGCUAGAGGAGGGAUCUCCCUCAAUGCCAAAACACACGUCCACGCCGAAGCACUCCAGGAUAUUAGCGAAGGAUCGUUUCAAGCAAUCCGCGAGAAGUCUAUCGCGGGAAGAAAGGAUCAAAAAGGAACGAAGUGAUGCGUCAAAGGUAUCUGUUUCAUUAGAUGAUGAAUGUCUGGGAGAUUUUCUCUAUGCAUCCGAACCACCAGAGGAUAGCAUUCAGCUGUCUUCAAUAACAAAAUCCCGAACGUUUAGCACAGACACCGCAGCGGACGCAAUCGCUGCCGGCAAGGAAGUAUUGAAUUCUAGAAAUUAUCGUCAAUCGUCGUCCAUGAGAGCGUGGUUGACCAAUCUCGCUAUGGAGACCGAGAAUGAAUGUAGCAGCACAUUGCAGAGCAAAAAUCUACCGCGAAGCAGGAUAGCGUUUUCUGGCGGGAUUCAAGCACAAGAUCUCAAGAUGUUAUCCUCUGCGGCUGCCGCUGCGAGCAAGCUCCUAAUUAGCGCAAAACAUUUCGAGCAACAUUAUCGGAGCAUCUUCGAGAAGAUAUCACGGUUAGAAGGCGGCAAGUCUGAAAUGGAACUACUUCGCAAUAUAGAGGAGGCCGCUUUCUCAAUCCUCUCCCAGUUAGGGGCACCUCCUCCUCGUAGGAUUCAGCAGGGUAGUCUGAGGAGCAUACUCGCGCAGUUGCACAGUAUGAAAACGUACGUCGACGGUACGAUCGACACGCGUUUAGACUUCUACAUCGAGAAAAUAGUCCGCAGUCUCGAAGAAAUUCCACGGCAAGAUGAUAGCGUGGCUAGAGGAGCUCUAGCGGCGCUCUCGGCUUUAGGAUCAUCGAAUUCUCGCGCAGAAAACAGCAUAGCCCGAUGUUCCGGUAUAAGGGUUCUCCUAACAUGUCUUAUCGAUGCCGGUCGAAUGCCUUCAAACGAUUUCGUCGCUAUCACGUUACGCGUUCUAGCCAGCAUAUGUAAUUCCGCGACAGCGAUCGAGUACUUUGCUCGAGACGGCGGUCCCGAGAUUCUGAGUGAUCUCCUGAACAUAGAAUCCUCCUCCGAAAGAGAAAAGACUGAAGCUACCGCUUUAAUAGCACAGAUCACGGCACCAUGGACCGACGCGCGGGGUCUGCCGUGUCUUGAGCCUUUCGCGAAUUCUUUAAUUCCGGCGUUGAACCGACUAAUCGAGAACACCGAUUGCGUUCAAACAUUGCUGCUGGCGGCCGCGGCGUUGAAUCACUUGUCCAAAUCAAGGCUAUGUGCCGAGAUUAUACUGCAGCAGGACAGUGUGAGAAAACUCUUGCGAAGUGUGAAGAAAUCUGUCGGCAAUAACGUCUGUUUAAUGGAACAAGUCGCCGCACUGAUUGGCGAAUUGGCGCGCAUUCCAGAAGGUCGAUCGCAUCUGGUUGGAGCGCGAGCCUCCGUGGCACUGGUCUCCUUUCUUCGUAUGAGACCACCGGGUCUGGAGGAUGCUUAUCAAAAGCUGGAGAUCACAGCGGCGGCCGCUCUGACUAGGCUCUGCGUAGAACCGGAAAUUGCGAGGCAAGUGAUCGCAGUCGGUGGAGGAGAUUGUAUGACAGGACCAUGUAGACUCAACAAUAUUCCAGCAGAAGAGGAAGAGAUGCAGGUCGGAACAGGUUUCUUAAAAUACACCAGGUCGUUGAGACGAGCGUGCAAGAAAGCCGCACAGCAAAUCAGAAUUGCAAAAGCAAAGGAUCACAGCAUGCUGGACUGAGGAAAAAGGUCUGGAAAAAGGAAAAUCUAUCAUGAUGGACAGGUUCAUAGAAUUCUGAAUAAUUGUGAAAUAUAGCAUACGAUAAAAAAAUCUGUAUAUAUACAUGUUUUACAUAUUUUAUAAUCACGAUCUCUAUGUAAUUAUAUUUUAUAUUUUAUUAUAAGAAAUAAUAUGCAGGAACCAAGUAUUUUUGUUAAAUAUGUACAAAUAUAUUUUAUUUUAUGCAUCCUAUAUCGCAAGAAUGAGAAUAUACAUUAUAAAAAUAUGGAUGCCUUAUCACUGCUAUAUGAUAAAUGUGCCAUAAUAUAUGUAUAUACAAAUAUGAAAUAUUUAAUGAAAACUGUAUAAAAAAUA